CGGCUAUUGUUGUGGCCACACUGAUUUUUGAGCUUUUAAGGACACGACUGUGGCCGGAAAUGGACAUUUGAGCCGAGACGUGACCGAGAGAAUUUUUUGGAUAAGUGAUUCAAGGGCUGCUAUCGAACGAACUAAGGGCCUGCACCUGCGUUCUGUGCUCGAUUGACCCUUUUAUGGAGCAGGUUACUGACCCUUGGGGAUUUUGUGACAUUAAUUACGUGUGAAAUCGCCGGAGCCGGUAGUGCAUGACGAGGGAGUGACGGAAUCACAACCAUGUCGGUGGCUCCGUCCCGCGUCGGCAGCCGCAUGCAGCAGUACGAAGAUGGCGUCAACGACGAAGAGCACGCCACAGCAGAUGGCGCCAUGGCCGCCCCCGGCGUCGGCGGCGGCGAAGACGUCGCUCCCGCAACGCCGCGCCACGAUAAGCCGGCGAACUCCCUCAGUGCUCCUUUGGCGCUAGUGGGCAACGGCGCGCACCACGAAAGCGACGACGACGACGCCGAAGACGACCCUCCCAACCCCGUCAACGGGGGCUACUGGCGGCAGGGGGCCUCGCGAGCUGCGAGCCCCGCCAUGGGCGACAACGCCAGCGACUCCUCCAUGAUCCCUCCAGCUAGGCCCAAGAGCCGCGUCGAGAUGACCACCAGCAGGUACAACAACCUGUCCUACUGGAAGGCCCGCAGGGUCCUUUUCUACAAAAACGGGGACCCGUUCUUCCCCGGAAUCGAGUUCCGGUUCAAGCCCGGAAGGGAUAUCGUGAGUCUGGAGUCGCUCCUGGACAAGUUGUCGUUACGCAUGGACUUGCCACGUGGUGCGAGGUACAUUUUUUCGAUGGAUGGGGAUAGGAAGUACAGACUGGAUGAGUUGGAAGAUGGGGCUUCGUAUGUUGUGUCGUCGUAUAAGACGUUCAAGGCUGCUAGUUACGGGAAGAAAAACGGGAUUUGGUACGCGGCUCCCGGAGGACAAGGCUGGAGUAAGGCGACGAGUCGGAAGGCCUCAAUUGCAGAGACUGAUGCACCGCCACCGGGGGGUGGGACGAUCAAGCCAAGUUCCGGGAGAGUGAUUAGGAUAAUUAAUAAUAUGGACCACACUGUUCAGUGCCGCGUCCUUUUAAACUUACGCACCUCCCAGCCCUUCGAGGAAGUCCUCGAAGACCUCGGCCAAGUUUUGAAAAUGAACGGUGCGAAACGCAUGUACACAGUGUCAGGUCAAGAAGUGCGCAGUUUUUCACAAUUAAGAAACGAAUUCGCUGAUGUGGACACUUUUUAUUUGGGGGUUGGGAGUGUGGGAGGUGGGGUUGGGGGUGUGAUGUUAUCACCAGUUCGGAGGGCUCGCUCACGGGCCCCCCAGACCGCAAUCGUGGAGGAUAUGAGCAAACAAAGACGGGCGAGGAGUAAAAGCCGACCGCGGGCUCUCUACGCCCCCGAAAGCGAAAUCGUGCGAACCAACGAUUACACUUUGUUAGAAGUACUGAAGGAGGAGCCGGUUAGGGUCACUAUUAAAGGGUUGAGGAGGACGUUUUAUCCUCCCAUCCAUCAUGCACCGAUGGAUAACACUCCCCCUGAGAAGAAAAUGCAAUUGGAGUGGGUUUAUGGGUAUCGUGGCACCGACUCGAGGAGAAAUCUAUGGGUUCUCCCAACGGGAGAAUUGCUCUAUUUUGUUGCAGCUGUCGCUGUUAUGUAUGACAGAGACGAGGAGGCCCAAAGGCACUACACAGGCCACACUGAGGACAUUCAAUGUAUGGACUUACAUCCCUCGCGCGAGAUGGUGGCGUCUGGUCAAAGGGCGGGCCGUAAUCGCAAAACCCAGGCCCAUAUCCGCAUCUGGAGUACGGAAACCCUCCAAACGCUCUACGUUUUCGGAAUGGGGGAAUUCGAAGUUGGGGUGGCGGCAGUUGCGUUCUCACAAUUGAAUGGUGGGAGUUAUGUGUUGGCCGUUGAUGGAGGACGGGAGAGCAUUUUGUCGGUGUGGCAGUGGCAAUGGGGACACCUUUUGGGGAAAGUAGCCACCCUUCAAGAAGAACUAACCGGAGCCGUUUUCCACCCUCUGGACGACAAUCUCAUGAUAACACACGGCAAAGGCCACCUGACCUUUUGGAACAGACGCAAAGACGGCUUUUUCGAACGUACUGAUAUUAUCAAACCUCCUUCUCGUACACUUAUCACUGCACUGCAAUUUGAGCAAGACGGCGAUGUCAUCACUGCGGACAGUGACGGUUUCAUCACCAUUUACAGUGUUGAUAGUGACGGUGCUUACUUUGUUCGUUUGGAGUACGAAGCCCACAACAAAGGGGUCAGUUCGCUGGUGAUGCUGUCGGAAGGAACGCUGCUUUCGGGUGGUGACAAAGAUCGGAAAAUUGUCGCCUGGGAUUCCCUCCAAAACUACAAGAAAAUCACUGAAACUAAACUUGCUGAGUCUGCUGGUGGGGUCAGGUCCAUUUAUCCCCAACGCCCUGGACGCAAUGAUGGGAAUAUCUACGUCGGGACUACUAAAAAUAAUAUUUUGGAAGGGUCGCUUCAAAGGAGGUUCAAUCAGGUUGUUUUCGGGCAUGGGAGACAGUUGUGGGGACUUGCAGUGCAUCCAGAUGAUGAAGUUUUUGCCACAGCAGGGCAUGAUAAGAACAUUGCCUUGUGGAGGAAGAAUAAAUUUAUUUGGACGUUACAAGUGGCUUUUGAAUGCAUUUCUCUAAGUUUCCACCCAUUCGGCGUCGCCUUAGCCGCCGGUAGCACCGAAGGCCACCUCAUAAUCAUCAACACUGAAACCGGAACCCUUAUCAACACCAUCCGAGUUUGUGGCUCACCCCUCAGCUGUGUUGGCUACAACCCUACCGGAGACAUGAUCGCAAUAGCUUCACAAAACGGAAGCAUCUAUUUAUUCAGAGUGAGCCGAGACGGAUUUUCCUACAAAAAAUCGAACAAGAUCAGAGGCUCGCAACCUCUCAUCCAAAUGGAUUGGAGCACGGAUAGCAAUUUCUUGCAAACAGUCACUGCCGAUUACGAUUUAUGUUUCUGGGAUGUCAAAUCUUUGUCACCGGAAAAGAGCCCGAUUGCUAUGAAAGACGUCAAGUGGUACACUCAGAACUCAACAGUUGGCUUUUUGGUCGCCGGUAUUUGGAACAACCGUUUCUAUCCAAUGACUUCCAUCAUCAGUACCGUGAGCCGAUCCGCGGCCCAUGAUUUGCUAAUUUCGGGCGAUACUGACGGUUAUAUCAGACUUUUCAGAUACCCAUGUUUGAGUCCCAAAGCCGAAUACAACGAAGAAAAAGUUUACAGUGGCCAAGUGGCCUGUGCUCGAUUCCUAUUUAACGAUAGAAAUUUGGUGACAGUUGGAGGCACUGACGCUGCCCUCAUGCUGUGGGAAUUGACGGAAGAAUAGCAAAACGCGUCUUUUUUGUACUUGCCUUCGAUAGUUAGACGUUACGAUGAUUAUGAAGAUUCAGAUUUCGAUUCGUCUUUCGAAAAUUCUUUCGAAGUUCUCAACAUUAAAUACUGAAGUACGGAGAGCACACAUAUCCUCACAUAGAUCUAAAUUUAGACCAAAUAAGUUUUAAUCAGGUGUUAUUAUGCUUUUAGUUAAAAAAAUAUUUAUGAAAUAUAGUACUGAAAAACCCAGUGAAUGAGAACCAAAGUGAUACAAUACCUCAAUUGCAUUGUUAGAAAAUUGUCAGAAGCUUUAAAAAUGGGCGAUACGAAACCUUUCACCUUUUGUUAAAUUAGUUUAAUUAUUUAUAUAGUUAUAAAUACACCUGGAAACUGCCAAUAGCUAUAGAAUUUAUUAUAAUGAAUACUAUAAAUGUAGAGAAACAAAGCAAUGCAUGGUAGCUUCAAAUAUUUACCUAAAAAACUUUUUAAUAUUAAUAAAUCCAUUGUUAUGGUUAUUUUAAUUGUUUAUUAUAGUUUGAAAAAUAAAUUUAAUAAAGAAUAAAGUGUACAGCUGU